ACUCCGGAGCUGCCGCACUAUUAUCAAAUGGCGUCAUUGUAAGCUUUCUUGUACGACUUACGACUAUUCCCCCGAGUUACCUUCCAAAAUGCUCCGAUGCGGCUACCUACCUACGGUUAGGUACCUACAUACACCCAAUAUACCGGAUAUGAAGUCCCUUAUUAAAACCACUGGCGCACGUCUGUUCGCACCACCUAAACACCUCCAACAUUAUUUUACUACCUACGAACUAUUACAAACUACUUCAAUUAUUUGAGCCACCAUGACGUCGACAGCUGCAGUAAUCGGCAGUACAGGCCUUGUAGGCUCUCACAUACUGACCACUCUCCUCGGUCUCGAUGCCUUCAAGUCCGUCUAUACCGUCUCUCGACGACACCCCAAAGCAGAGUCGCCUAAAUUAGUCGCCGCCGUCGAAGCCGAUACUACUAAAUGGGCAUCCCAUCUUUCCUCCAUUGCGCCCCCGCCAUCCGUGGUUUUCUCCGCCUUGGGAACGACCAGAGCUCAAGCUGGCGGUAUCGCGAACCAGUGGAAAAUCGACCAUGAUCUUAACGUCGAGCUCGCCAAAGCCGCGCACUCUGCCGGAGUCAAAACUUUCGUCUUCGUCUCCUCGGCCGGCACGCGCGGUUUUCUCGGCAGCGCUGCUCCCUACUCUAAGAUGAAGGUCGGCGUCGAGGACGCGAUUAAAUCUCUUGCUUUCGACCAAGCCAUCAUCCUACGACCGGGCCUGAUUCUCGGCCAGCGCGAAGUCGAGCACACGGGCGGGCCGCUGCUCAAUACCAUCGUUCGCGGCUUGGGAAAGAUUACCCAAGGCGCGCAAGACUUCUGGGGUCAGGACGCCGAGGUCAUCGGACGUGCUGCUGUUCGCGCUUCCGUGCUGGCCGCCGAGGGCAAGGCGCCGAGCAAAUAUUGGGUUCUGGAGUCGUCUGAUAUCGUAAAGCUCGGCCGAGACGAGUGGAAGGCUUAAGAUGGAUGUAUAGGACGGUUAUACCCUUUUGUUUCGGGAUGUGGAGUCUGGCGCAUGGGCGAUAUCUCAUAUCUGGGCGAUGGGGAGACUGGUUUGAAGAGAUAGGUAGGAAGGAAGUCAGGAAAUCAUGCACAUAUCACGAAUUUUAUUGCAACUAGGUACACAGCCGCGGCUCUAUGUACUAAAUUA